UGAUCAUCCACUAAGACUCCAAGAUCCCUCUCAUAGUUUUCCACCUGUCCCGUAAAGUUACCUCUGUGGUUCCAGAAAGCGUUCUCCUCAUUGUCCUUGGCAUCUUUCUGGGUGGUAUUGUAUACGCAGCUGAUCAUAUUGCUUCCUUCACCCUUACACCAACAGUCUUUUUCUUCUACCUGCUGCCACCCAUUGUGUUAGAUGCAGGAUACUUCAUGCCGAACCGGCUAUUCUUUGGCAACUUAGGGACAAUUCUUCUAUAUGCUGUCAUUGGGACCAUCUGGAAUGCUGCUACAACAGGCUUGUCCCUAUAUGGAAUCUAUCUUAGUGGAAUAAUGGGUGAACUUCAUAGUGGAUUGCUUGAUUUUCUCCUGUUUGGCAGUUUAAUAGCUGCAGUGGAUCCUGUUGCUGUGAUUGCUGUGUUUGAAGAAGUUCAUGUCAAUGAUGUUCUCUUCAUAAUUGUUUUUGGAGAAUCACUACUCAAUGAUGCUGUAACUGUGGUGCUGUAUAAUGUGUUUGAGUCUUUUGUUUCAAUAGGAGCUGAAUAUGUGACCGGUGUAGAAUGCAUAAAAGGCAUAGUAUCCUUCUUUGUGGUGAGCCUUGGAGGUACUUUUAUUGGCAUUGUGUUUGCAUUUCUGCUCUCGUUUGUCACUCGUUUCACAAAGCAUGUCAGAAUAAUUGAACCUGGAUUUGUAUUUGUCAUUUCUUAUCUCUCCUACUUGACAGCUGAGAUGCUCUCAUUAUCUGCCAUUCUUGCGAUAACGUUCUGUGGUAUCUGCUGUCAGAAAUAUGUCAAAGCAAAUAUUUCAGAUCGAUCUUCUACCACUGUGAGAUACUCCAUGAAAAUGUUAGCAAGUGGUGCAGAAACUAUUAUUUUUAUGUUCCUGGGAAUUUCUGCUGUUAAUCCUAAAAUCUGGACUUGGAACACUGCUUUCAUACUCCUGACAGUGAUUUUCAUCUCUAUCUAUAGAAUCAUUGGUGUAAUUCUACAGACUUGGAUUCUAAAUCGCUAUCGAAUGGUACAGCUGGGAAUAAUAGACCAAGUAGUAAUGUCAUAUGGUGGUCUCCGUGGUGCUGUUGCCUUUGCCUUAGUUGUACUUUUGGAUGAAAACAAAGUGCAAGAUAAAAACCUGUUUGUCAGCACAACUCUCAUAGUUGUAUUUUUCACUGUAAUAUUCCAGGGUUUAACAAUCAAACCUUUAGUGCAGUGGUUGAAGGUGAAAAAAAGUGAACACAGAGAACCCAAACUGAAUGAGAAGCUCCAUAGCAGGGCCUUUGAUCAUAUUCUUUCAGCUAUUGAAGAUAUAUCUGGUCAAAUAGGACACAAUUACUUGAGGGACAAAUGGACCAAUUUUGAAAGACAGAACCUUAGCAAAAUACUUAUGAGAAGAUCUGCCCAGAAAACUAGAGAUCAUAUUCUUAAAGUUUUCCGUGAGCUCAACUUGAAGGAUGCUAUUAAUUAUGUGGCUGAGGGAGAGCAAAGAGGUUCAUUGUCAUUCAUUCGCUCUCCAAGUAUUGAACACACUGCCAAUGUGGACUUCAGCAUUAUCAACCAAAUGAAGAGAGAAACUUCUGUCACCCAACUGCUGAGAGAAACUGCCAGUUCUGUCUGCCUUGAUAUGCAAGCAUUAGAACAAAGAAGGAAAAGCAUUCGAGAUUCAGAGGAUAUGUUUACCCACCAUACUUUACAACUGUAUCUCUAUAAGCCCAGACAAGAGCAAAAAAUUUUGUACAGCCGUCAUAAAAUAACUCUGAAUGAAGAUGAGAAGCAAAAUAAAGAAAUUUUUCACAGAACUAUGAGAAAAAGACUAGAAUCUUUCAAGAGCACAAAACUAAGUUUGAAUCACCAUAAGAAACUAAAUAAAAUUCACAAGAAAGACCGUAGCCAAAGAAGGAAAAAUAAUAAUGUCAUACCAGAUGGAAACCCAUCUGCAUAUGUUAUAAAUGACAAAGAAAAUGAGUUUUCUGAACCAGAAGAAAAUGAUUAUGGCUAUUCACAGAUAGAUGGAGUAGUAAACUUCCUGGAUUAUGUCAACAAAGAUAAUUUCACAGAUACAAAUGGCAUUGAUAAUCCAGUAUUUUCAGCUGAUGUUGAGCAAAAUGCCAUCAUGAAGUUUACACCUUGGCUAUCCAAUGAUGAGAUGGUGGUACCUUCCCAAAGAGCCAGAGUACAAAUACCUUAUUCUCCAAACAGCUUUCAAAGACUUGCUCCCAUUCGACUCAGCAACAGAUCCACAGAUUCUUUUCUGCAACUAGAUGGUGCUGAAGAACCUAGAUUUUUUCUCCCAGAAUCAACUCACUUGUAAUUUAAGCAUACUUAAAGUUCUUAUUUUUUAGUCACUCAGAUCUUUUUGUGAUCUAGCAAACAGCAUUUUUUUCUUGUUCAGAAUUCUCUUGUCUUUAUUUUCUUCUUGGCAUGAGAAUUCUGCUUUAAAAUCAGCUAAAUAUAUUCUAGUAGGAUUUGUUAAGAUUGUGGAUUAUGAACACUAAAUUGUUAGUCCUGGGGUUACAACAAUAAUUGGGAUAGAAUUUCUGUCAUUAAGUAACAUUGUUGUAAAGUUCGAUGUCAUAUGACAUUGCUUAGAAACUUGGUUGAAUUGGGUGGCUAUAGAAAUUGAAUGAAUGACCAUAGUUAUUCCUUGUUAACUAUCAUACUUAUACGCUUCAUAUUUUGAUGAGCAAGAUAUAAAUAAUGAUUAAUAAUUAAUUUGUAUAAAUUCCUUUGGAAAAUAUUAUAUUUGUGACACAGUAAUCUGAAAUGUUUUAAACUUUUUCUGAUUUUGUAUUCAUUUAUACACCUGUCAAGUAAUAAAUAUGAACAAAAUUGGCCUAUG